AUGGCGAAUUGUAAAUUUGUUGUUCUCUUAUUGAUGGUUGUAAUACUCAAGGAGUAUGCGACACAGGCUAAAGUUGUAGAUUUCUCCAAGGACAUCAAACUGCAGAAAUAUUUGAAGAUACAUCAAUGUCGUCAAAAGUGUUAUUUAAAGACUCUUAUGAAAACCAACACCAAUGCCGUUAAGGAGAAUUUAAUGAAUUUCAGCACUUGUCGCGGUAUUCCUGAUUGUUACAUGUGCUACGAUUACUGUCAAGUUCUGCCCAAGGCGGUUCCUGAUCUGGCUCAAAAGAUGUGUAGCGAUCAGGUCUAUUGUUCCAAGGGUUGCCGUAUUGCAUGUUCACAACACAAAAUAUUAGAGCGACCUAUGGAGGAGUAG